ACGGUCGGCCAUGUUGGAUCCGCCGCGCCGUGAUCGAGUGACGCCUGUUAAAUGAUGAAUGCUAUCACCAGGUGAACCAUGAAUCAACAACCGUACAGCACAGCAUCAAUAGAGAUGUUACCAGAUGCACUUAUGACCCCACAGCACCAAGGCCAGUACCAUAAUGCAGUAGUAACUCUAGGCCAAAGUCCGCUCCACACGACAGUCUCAGCUCAGCAUCACAAUGUAUCUCAUGAGCAGAGUCCUCAUCACAGCACAGUUGCCAGCCAGCAUCAUGAUCUAACGGUAACACACAGUCACAGCCCCCACCAGUCCACCAUUGCAAGUACCCAUCAUGAUACCACCACUGUGCAUAGCCAAAGCCCACAUCAUAAUACCCAGAGUCAGCAUCUUGAAACGACCACAUUGCACCACCAGAAUGCACAUCACAGCUGUCCGAGACAACUCCACGCAGCACCAGUUGUUCAUAGUCAGAACUCCCAACUCACUCUACCUCUUCCAAGCCAGCACCACGACAAUAACCAACUCCCAGUGACACAGACCCCACAGGAGGCCACCCCAACUACAAGUCAACAACACAUAGCAAUGUUAUCGCAUGGCCAGAAUACCCACCAAACUGUCUUGGAUCAGCAGUCUGAUAGUAUAGACAAAACUAUGCUUGAAACUUCAAGCCCAUCCAGAGAUAUGGAAGAGGUAGAGGAAAUAGAGGAAGAUCAAGCCAGUGGUGAUGGAACAGCUAGACACUGUCAUACUAAAAAGAGUCCAGAGCAAAGCGAUGAUGAAAUUAAGAUUGAGUAUGAUGAGGAAGAAACGAGGGAAGAACUGCCAAAGAAGAGAACAAGAAAGGGAAGAACAAAGAGCAAGAAAAAAGUCCGGAGCAAAAGGAGUAUACCAGCUGGAGAGGUGCAGGUAGAAACCUCUCUGACAGCCUUCAUGAGAAAAAGACGGCAGGACCUCACACUUGGUGCUAAAGUAAAGGUAUUGGAGAUGCUAGAUAUGGAGCCAAAAGUUCCUCAGGGAAAAAUUGCAAACAUGUUUCGUGUCAGUCAGAGCCAGGUGUCACGGAUCAUGAAGAACAAGGAUGCCAUCAUGGGGCAGUGGAACCGGUUUGCAACCCCUGACCGCAAGAGAUGUCGCUUAGGGAAGGCAGGUGCCCUUGAGCAGAAGCUUGUGGACUGGUACAAGCAAGCAAAAAAGGAAGAUCUCCCCAUUUCAGGUCCCAUUCUAAUGGAGAAAGCAAAGUCAAUCGGUAAUGAAAUGGGCAUUGAUUUCAAACCAUCGGCUGGGUGGCUAGGAAGGUGGAAAGAUAGGAAUGGUGUGACCCUGAAAAGGUUCAAGGAUAAAGAUGGGGCACCCUCCAUUACCAAGGUUGGCAACCACUGGAGGAGAUACUUGUUUGCCAAGGCCACUAAAGAAGUUCCUCUGCAGAAUGUGUGGGUCAUUGAUGAAACGGUCAUUCUGUAUAAUUCUGUACCUGAUUUUAUGACUCAAGGAAAUAUUGGUGAAACUGACAGGAUGUCAGUUAUACUGGCAAGUAACUUGGCAGGCACUGAACGCAGGCCUGCAGCAGUUGUGGGUCGAGUUCAGUUAACGGGUUCAGCAACAUUACCGUGCCCUUUCCAUUACCAUCCUAAAGGAGCUAUAACACUAGAGUUUUUUUCAGCUUGGUUGCGGGAGUGGGAUAGAGAGUUGCGGUCAAAAAAGAAAAAAAUAGUGAUACUUCUCAACAAGACUGCUCAUCACCCAGAAAAUCUUCCUCUUUUCAACAUUAAUGUAACUUUCUUUCCUCCAGGAACAGCUUCGGUUUUACAGCCAUUUCGCUUAGGUAUUAUAAACAUUUUUAAGGCAUUGUACAGACAUCAACAACUCAAACAUAUAAUGUCCAAAAUUCAAGCAAAUGAACACCUGGCUCAUGCCAGCAUGUUUAACCAUAGUGUGAUAAACCCACCCACUCUUUCCCAUGGAACUUCUGCCUUAGAUGCUGUUUUCAUGAUACACAAAGCUUGGAGACAUGUGAGUCCAGAAACCAUCGUAAAGGGAGUAGUUAAAGCAGGACUUAGUAAGGACGUAGAUGCACUCAAUGUCAAUGAUCAGGUGGGUCCACCCCCAGGCGUCAGUCAGCAGGAGUUUGAAAUAUUUACUAAUUCUGAUGCAGAUCUGGACACUGGUGAUUCAGAGGAGGGUCAGGAUGGGAAAGGUAACUCUCAGUCAGGAAUGAUCACCAAUACUGUGCAGUAUCCCCAUUAUUCAAAUAUGUUUAAUGCUUCAAAUGCUAAAGCUCAACAGCCAAAUCAACAUGUUGAAAUGCCAGUUGAAAACAUUCCAGCUUUACCAAAAGUUUCAGAAGCAGUUAUUGCUUGUCAGGUCAUAAGGCAGUACUUACAAAGGAGAGGAGGCCAUCUUUUCGAUGAGUUCUCUGUGUUGGAAUCAGCCAUUCAUGUUGACAUGAUGCUUGAAUCUCGUCCUGACCUGCAGAAUGAACCAAUGACAGAUCCAUUACACGACUCCAGUUCAGUUCACAGUAUGGAAGCACAUCAGCGAGCGCAUGAUCAAAAGCUGGACUACAUCCAAAAGGUGCAGGAUGAGCUACAUCAGCAAAAGCUUCAGAAAGAGAUGAAAAAGAAUACUCAAACUUCAGCUGCUCAGAACUCUCAAAGUUCUAUUUCAACUCCCACUCAAGACCUAAGAAAUGAUCUGCAUAACCAGCUAAUCGAAAUCCAUAAGCAUGACAUGCACUCCCAGGACAUGGCUGCAAGACAGGAAAUGGCACGACAUGACCUCCACCAGCAACCCCAAAUGCAACGGACUGAUCUUGUUCGCCAGGAAUUAAUCAGGCCAGAGUAUAGGCAUGAAGUGCAUCAGGAUAACAAUAGACCACGAACAUCUCUUGUGGAAUUACGCACAGUGAACGCAACUUUCAGGACAGGUAUGCCAUCCGAUGGAAGAAAUGAAAACAGAAUUGACUUAAAGAAUGAUGCCAUGCCAGUAGUGCCUGCAGAUGUACGAAACCUUCCUGGAGUAGGAGACCUUCGUGGAAAUGGCAGUGAAUUACACCAUCCAGGUCUUGGGCCAGAAUUAACACAAAACCUGAGACAUGAUAACAGAAUGGAGAAUCCUGGUGUGCCAUAUUACACCAUACCAAAUACUUUACAUCAUUACAUGCAGCCAAAAUAAGUAUGAAAAUCUGUAACCACAAUCUACAGAUUACAUGAAACUUGUACAGAUUGACGAUAAAAUAAUUUUUACUUUAGAAACUUCCCAUUCUGUAAAACAUGGUUUUAUCUUGAAGCACAUCUUGUAGGGAAAAAUCUUUCACAGUACUUGGAAUAAUGGUAUAUUUUCAUUUUAUUUGCAAGAUGAAAGUAGAAUCUUGAUAAGGAUCCUAUCUCAACAAAUAAAUGAUGCAUUGUAUUCCAAUUGCAAGUAUAACAGGAGGAAUACAAAAGUGCCAUUGCAAAGGAAUUUGAAUUUCUUAGUCAGCAAAUAUUUAUUGAAAAACCAUAAACUAUGUAUGCAAAUAUUUAAGUGAUACUUAAUGCAGAAAACAGAAAGAUGACUGUUUUUCUGUUGUGUGAAAUAAAUAUAGUUCCUAAUAUUUCACUUUCAUAAUCAUUAUUUUGAUUUCACACUUUGUCAUAUAUUCUGUAAAUAUUACUUUUUCUUCCCUUAAAACAAUAACCAAUAAAUACAUGUACAAAAAUAAAAACAUUAAGAUAUAAAAAAAAUGUAAAUGCAUUUCAUUAAUGCCAUUAUUUAAGAGAAGAAACCUAGGGAAGAUGAUACAAUAGAAAAAAGGGACUUCGGUAUUCCAUACAUUUUUAGUUUACUUAAUGUAGACCAUUGUGAGUGAAAAUAUUUUCUUUCAUUUUAAAGGUUUUCUGUAUAUACUGUAAAUCUUUUUUAUAUAAUUUAUCUAUUUUUCCAUAAUUAUAUUAAGGGAAAUGUAAGAAAAUACAGUAAACAUGUAAUUCACCCACAGGCCUAUUAUUGAUAGGUUCUAUUAUUCAUUAAGAUUAGGUUGGUAAAGUAAAUGUUUGUUUCAAAACCAGAAUCAGGAAUUAACUUGGUUUGGAAAACCAAGGUAACUGUGUAUAUACAGAAGUGAAUUUGUACACAUUUGUAAUUUCCUCUCUAAUAUGUGUUGUAUAUAUAUAUCUGUACAAAUAUUUAGUACUUCUCAAGAAAUUGCCAAAAUACUUGUAAAGUACCUCUGAAAAAUGUUUUGCAUAUAUUUUUCCCUUUUG